GCCUUAAAAACGGAGCACCGGGAGCCCAGCCCCACUCGGGUCCGGAGCUGGGACACGGCUGUCGCUGCCGGUUGUGCCCCAGCUCGGAGCUUCUGGCGGGCGAACGGACGGACGGGACCGCGAUGAGCUGUGAGGGGUCUGUGUGCCACCAGCGCGGGAGUGAAGCUGUUCCCGAGGCCGAUCUCCGAAAGGCUUUUUCAGCACUCCUGAGGUGUCGGGAGCGGGUGUUUGUUCCCAGCAGAGAGAUGCCGGCUGUGAGCUGGAGGAGAGUGAAUUGUGCUCCCAUCAUGGAGCUGUGAAGGAGCUCCUGCAUCUCCAGGAGGGACCAGCAGCUGGGGUUCCGCAGUUGCUUGGGAUGCAAGAAUCCUCUCGUCAUGAGCAGGGGGAUGCCACUUGUGAGCGAGCAGAGAGUGAAGCUGUGGAGAAUGAAUUGUGCACCAGUGAUGAGAGUGUGAGGGAGCCCCUGGGUUCCCUGGCAACAUCAGCACCCGGCAGUGUACACAGAAGGAUCCUCAGAGGAUUCCCGGGCAAGCGGUUCAGGUGCCGUGCCGUGCCCGUGUUGGUGCUGGUUGUGCUCGUGUUGCUGGUGCUGGCUUUGGCGGUGGCCUUGGCUGUGCAGUCAGCCUCACAGCUUCCAGUCACACCUGUGACUCCGCAGUGCUGUCCCUCUGGCUGGGUUGGCUACAAUGGGGUCUGCUACUACUUCUCCAGGGAUUCCAGCACCUGGGAGCAGGGUCAGGAACGGUGCUCCCAGCUCGGGGCCUCCCUGGCCAUUGUCAAGGAUGAGGACCUGGGUUUGCUCUUCCGCCUCCACGGGAACGUCGAUUACUGGCUCGGGCUGCGCAGACGGGGCCAGCGCCUGCACUGGGGGGACGGCAGCAACUUCAGCUCCUGGGUUCAUGUCCUCGGCGAUUCCGAGUGUGUGUACCUGGCUGACCAUAAAUUUGUGAGUCAGAGCUGCUCCAAUGAACGGCCGUAUCUGUGCAGCAAGGCCCAAGCUCCCCUGUGACAGGGGCUGCAGAAAGGACCUUCUCCACGCUGGGCAGUCCCAGCUUCACCUCUCAGCCCGGCACAGGCUGUCCUUGCUCAGCUGCAGCCUGUGCCUUGCCCUCACUCUCAGGGUCACCUCGGUGCCUGUUCCUCGCCACUGCCAAGGCCGGGCUGGGUGUCCAAAGGAAAAGUCUCUGCAAUCCCUCCUGGCCCCGCUGCUGCCUGCAGGGAGGGCAUUGCCCCCAUGACACCCCCAGCUCCAAUGGGAAAUCCAAACUGCCCAGGGCUCUUGGAAAUCAUCCCAGACUUGCCUCAGUGUGAGACUUUUGGUCUGUCUUUUGGAGAGGAAGAACAGCUGACACGUGCUGAGAAGGAAUCCCUCUUUUGGCAUCAGGCACCUGACUGUGCAGAAUGCUCUGUCAGCUCUGUCUCUCUCAGUUUUGGAUGAGGACUGUUGGAGCUGCUGCCUGGGGAAGGGAAUUCGCUGCCACUGCCAUAACCCAGCCCAGAGCUGCUGCUUCUGCCAUGGGACGAGCCUCUGCCUGUGAGAGCAGCCAGUGCACUGGGACCUUGUUAUCACCCACCUCACUAAAAGAGGGACCUGUCACCACGUAAAAAAUGACCCUGUAAUAUUGGCUUUCACAUUUGUGUAUUAGUUUUUACAUGUAAUUAUUGAUUUUAAGUAUGUAAAAUGUAUGUAUUUGUUAACGGUUUAACAUUAAUAUUUAAUGUAAUUCAAGUAUAUAACUUUUAUACCGUUUUUAAGCUCUUUUAGCUGUUAACUAAUAUAACCUAAAUUCUCCUUUGAAAUAUGCACCCUAUACCCAAGAGAAAGAGUAGUGUGGUGAAUUGAUUAUGUCGGGAUGUACAAUGCACAGCUUAUAGAAAUAAUAGUGUGAUAAAUGUGUUGUACUAUAGGCCUUAACAAAAUACAAAAUGUUAAAAGACUUUUAUGUAACCGAGGAAACUCUAUAAAGAAAUGCACUUGUUUCUCA